AUGGGAUGCGAUUCCACUCGGCUUACUGUCGUGCGCUGCGAUCUCGCCGAUUUCAGCAGUGUUCGUGAUUGUGCCAAAGAGAUUUUGAAAGAAGAAGACAAGAUAGAUAUACUUAUCAAUAAUGCUGGAGUGAUGUUCUAUCCGAGGUAUGAGAAAACUGUUGAUGGACACGAAAUGACUUGGCAAAGCAAUCAUCUCGGUAAGUGAGC